AUGGAUGCUAUCACGGCGCUUGGUGUCGCCAGCGACAUCCUCGCUAUCGCAGAGUUCAGCGUACGGCUGCUCUCAACCAAGGUCUCGUCGACGAUCGAGAGAAAAGGCGAAGACAAAAACUCCGCACUCGAAGACUACAGAAAGCUGAGGUUGGCACUCUCCAACAAGAAUGCUUUGUUGCAACGGCUACCGCUGGCAAGUCCAUCGCCAGCGCUGAAAGAUGAGCUGGCCCUGUUAGAACUAGCCACUUCUUCUCUCGAAGACUCCGAGAUGCUGCUCGAGACUAUUGGGAACAUACCCGAAGAUAUUUCAGGGAAUAGACUUUCGCCAUGGAGGAUAGACGCUACAACCUACGUUGAUUCCAAGCUGGGAGGCAGAUUCAGCUUGGAGAAUGUAAAGCGGCUUUCUCACAUUGUAACACGUCAUGCCAGUUCCAUUCUGAGCUUCCGGAUCUCUGAGCUCAACAAGACCAUCGAAUCGUUGGAAAAUGUCAAACAACAGUUUAGACCGGAGCAGGAGUCUCGAGUCAACUCCAUUUCUCAAGACGUAGAGAAUCUCCGGCUCGAGGUUCAGAGGCGCGAUCGAUUGACUACCUUGAUCAAAGCUGAAGACAACAUGUUCGCGGACAAAAUCGUCGCCAGUCUAAACUACUCCAGUCGACCGGUCCGCCAUGACUCUGUCCCGCAGGCACACAAGAACACAUUCCAGUGGGCCUUUGACUCGCGGCUUUCCAAGUGGUUCAGCUCUGGAAGCGGCAUCUUCUGGGUUUCGGGCAAACCGGGCUCUGGGAAAUCCACGUUCAUGAAAUUUAUUGCAAAACACUCUCAGACAAAGGACUUGCUCACGCAAUGGGCGGGCUCGGCAGACACUCUCGCUGUAGCGGUGCAUUUCUUUUGGAUUGCGGGAACACCGAUCCAGAAAUCGUGGCAGGGACUACUCCAUCGUUGGGAAGCUGCCAAGGCUGGACGCUGGCAGACUGCCGCUGAACCGUGGUCUGUUUCCGAGCUUACGGCUGCGCUUAGAGCAUUGGCAUCAGCAGAUCAUAUGCCGCUGAAUAUAUGCUUCUUCAUUGAUGGGCUUGACGAGUAUGAUAGCGAUCAUGCUGAGCUCUGCAAGGUUCUCUGCGAUAUGGUAAACUCUCCUCACAUCAAAAUGUGUUUGUCCAGCCGUCCGUGGGAUGUAUUUGAGAGGAGCUUCGGUGGCGAAGGCAAAGAGAGACUCGACAUUCACGAAUUGACUCGAAACGAUAUCCGAGAAUUUGUGGGCGAUCAGCUCCAGGAGCAUCCAAAGUGGGCUAUGAUAGAGUCCGAAACGGCAGCCUCUGAGAAGUCUAGUCUUAUAGAACAGAUCGUUGCCAAGGCCGAUGGCGUGUUUCUCUGGGCUUUCUUCGUGACACGAUCACUCCGAGGAGGUCUCUCCAACGGCGACAGAAUCAGCGAUCUGAGCCAACGUCUCAGUGGUUUGCCGACUGAUCUGGAGCAGUUGUUCAAGCACAUGUUAGAAAGCGUGGACCCAGUUGACCACCCCAAGAUGGCGGGCAUUCUACAAGCCGCUGCUCAUGCAUUGGAACCUCUUCAUAUCGACCUCUAUUGGCAAUUGGAAAGGGAGUUUGAAGAACACGACUAUGCUUAUCGAUGCCUGAUAGGAUCCAGACCACUAGAACAGAUCUCGACGCAGAGAGAGCAGACGACUCGCAGCAUAAAUGACAAGACGAAAGGCUUACUCAAGCUUGUAAAUCUGCGGGUUGAGUUCCUCCAUAGGACAGUCAAGGACUUUGUCUUGACUAAAGACUUGGAAGAGUACCUGCGCAGCAAGCUCCCAGAUGACCAUAACCGGUUUGUCUCCAUUGCCACUGCGUAUCUCGGCUUUCUCAAAACCACAUGCCAUGACACUUCACUCGUCGCUGGGAUUAUGAGGCAUGGGAUGGGACUCAACAGUGGGCCGUUCAUCUCGCAUCUCAACCAGGCCCUGUUUUACGCAUCGGAGGCUCUGAAAGCGGACCAGUUUGCUUCUCAUCAAUACUUCCGUACUGCGACAUUACUUGAUAAAUAUGAAGAGGCCAUUGAAGCCAUGGUGCGCGCAAAGCACGUCACCAUCAGAGGAGUCAACUCUGAGGCUUGUCACCCUGCGUUACCUUUCCGGGAGGAGUUACUCAAGCACAACCUGACAUCUUACAUUGAAAAGAGAAUUCGCGAGCAACCUGAAUUCUUCAACAUCUUUGACGAAUCACCACUAUUCGCCGCGCUCACACCCAUGUCGCUCAACAGCGGCGAGAGCCCAGCUCCCGUGGCCAAGACCCUCGACCUCAUCCUCCAGCGCGGAGAGAAUCCAAAUGUGCUGCCUCAGGUGAGAGGCCCACACCUCAAAGAGGCGGCAUCGCCUUGGAUGCUGUUCGCUCGUGGUACCAUGUCUGUCUUCAAUAUGCUAUCGGGGCCCCUCAUGUUUCCCGCUCUACGAUGGAACGAUUCUCUAGAUAAUGCCCUCUUCGACCUUCUCUUGUCCUACGGUGCACAUCCUAACAAAGCCCUCCUGGACCGACCAGGUGCUCACACCGUAUUCUCACACUUCUUGAAGAUAUCUACGUCGCGUUUCCUCGGUGAAGAGUGUUUCGAAGGCUAUCUUAGAACCUUGGAUGCCUUCUUUAGGGCAGGCGCAACUCUUGGUGUCCCGCAUAAUGGAGCUAUUGACCCAGAUGCAUUGGCUGCGUUUGGGAAUCUUGCGAGAUCGAACCCGGAGGAAUCAGUGCUAGCUUCUUAUUGUACCGAACUAAAGGGUCUCAUGUCGAAACUGGCAGCUGAUCCAGGGCGAGCUAGGUUCCUCUCAGCUGUGACUGAGAAGCUCAUCGUGCAUUGCUCCGGAGGGGACGAAGACUUGAAAAGACUGGUAUUGGCAAUAUCGGAGGGUCUCCCCCAGUAUGUUGCCGAGCCGUUGUUGCAGGUAAUUGAUAGCAAGUUAGAGAUGCGCAAGAAACGGGGAGACACACGGAAGAGACGUCGGGAAAGCUGGGGUAAUUCGUCAUAUGGUGAUGGUGUCAAGCAAGUUAGGGGAGAGUAA